CUUAUUUUGAAAAUAAAACUUAAUUUUUAGUACGUUUAUCAUCAUUGAAAAAUUAAAGUUCAUCAUGACUUGCAUGGUAAAAAUGGGGGAAAGUGGAAAAAUGCAAAAACUCGAAUUUCCCAUUUUCUUCUUUCAAAGUCAAAACUAAUUAAUGACUAAAUUGUAAAUAAUCAUAUCAGGGAACGAAGGCAAUCCCACCACACCCAAGGAAUUGAUAAGUUUUUACUUGUUUGCUCAUUUCCCCCACCAUUUAGCUAUAUAAGUUUACUUGUUGGUGAUAAAGCUACAUGUUUAUAUAGAGAUAUAAAAGUUACGUUGUUGGAAUGUUUUGAUCAAUUGUGUUCCAGUGUUGAACGACGAAGGAUACACUUUUUUUCCGUGAAACUAUCAACUUUUAAAAUGGCUUCGAGAGAUAGAGCAGCCAAUCAACUCCAUGAGUACCAAAAGAAAAACCAACAGGUCGAAUCUGCCACCACAUCGUUCGGUAAUCCCAUCGGCGAAGGUACCGCCUCUUUGACAGUGGGCCCCCAGGGGCCUAUGUUGUUCCAAGACCAGAUUUUCGUAGAUGAAUUGGCUCACUUCAACAGAGAGAGGAUACCAGAAAGGGUGGUACACGCCAAAGGAGCUGGAGCUUUCGGAUAUUUCGAAGUCACCAAUGACAUCACAAAGUAUUCAGCCGCCAAGGUAUUCUCCCAAAUUGGCAAAAAAACCCCCAUUGGUAUUCGUUUUUCGACAGUGGGAGGUGAAUCCGGUUCUGCAGAUACCGUGAGAGAUCCCAGAGGAUUCGCCGUUAAGUUCUACACCGAAGACGGUAUUUGGGAUUUAGUGGGCAACAACACACCUAUUUUCUUCAUCAGAGACCCGAUUUUCUUCCCCAGCUUCAUCCAUACGCAAAAGAGGAACCCCCAGACCCACUUAAAAGACCCAGAUAUGUUCUGGGACUUUAUGUCUUUGAGGACGGAGACUAUGCACCAAAAUUUGUUCUUGUUUUCCGACAGAGGUAUUCCUGAUGGUUACAGACACAUGAACGGUUAUGGUUCCCACACUUUCAAACUGGUUAACAAAGACGGGCAAGUACAUUAUUGCAAAUUCCAUCACAAGACUGACCAAGGAAUCAAGAACCUGGACGUUAAGAAAGCUGAUCAAUUAGCAGGUAGCGAUCCUGAUUACGCCAACAGGGACUUGUACAAUGCCAUCGCAGAAGGUAAUUACCCAUCAUGGACGGUGCAUAUUCAAAUUAUGACGGAACAGCAAGCUAAAAACUCACCUUUCGAUCCAUUCGAUUUGACCAAAGUUUGGCCCCAAGCACAGUACCCGCUCAUAAAGGUCGGAAAAAUGGUGUUGAACAAGAAUCCUGAAAACUAUUUCAGCGAGGUCGAACAAAUCGCCUUCAGCCCCUCCCACAUGGUGCCCGGAAUCGAAGCAUCGCCCGAUAGGAUGCUACAGGGCCGUCUCUUCUCCUAUUCCGAUACGCACAGACAUCGUUUGGGGCCCAACUAUCUUCAGUUACCCGUCAACUGUCCGUUUAGGGUAAGAAACUACCAACGCGACGGUCCGAUGAACAUCCACAAUCAAGGCGGCGCGCCCAAUUAUUUCCCCAACAGUUUCGGGGGUCCCCAAAGCGACGAGGUCGCCAAAAAGUUGGAGCCUGCUUUCACUGUGUCAGGAGAGGCCGCCAGGUAUGAUACGGGUGAUGCAGACAACUUCUCUCAGCCCAAGAUUUUCGUCACCAAGACUCUGAAAAGGGAGGAAGUAGACAGAUUGGUAUCCAACAUUGUUGGUCACUUGUCUGGAGCUGCAGAUUUUAUCCAAGAAAGGCAAGUCAAGAACUACAAGGCCGUGGAUGCAGCAUUCGGUGAAAAAAUCGCACAAGGAUUGAACAUGGCCAAACGGUCAAAGGCCAAUUUGUAAUUUUUUAUAUUGACAUGUUUACAAAUUUGUAUUUUCCAUAUUGUAAAAGGUUUUUCUUGAUUUUUGUGUAUAAUCAAGGUGUUUGUUAUUUUAUUUUGAAAAUAUACCUACAUUAAGUUUAUAGAA